ACAUUUACCAUCCCUAACCUAAUUGUUUUGUUUACAAACCUAUAAAGUCUUCAAAACAGUCUUCAUUUUUGCUGGAAUUUCGUGAGAAAAUGCGAUUUAAAGUGAUUCCUAUUGCAUUGUCACGCUGCACGGGGAUAUUUUUUCGUGGAAUGUGCACAGAAAUUGCACUGCCAAGACCGCAAAGUGACAAUUCCCCUCUGAGAAUCCCAGAGAGCUAUGAUGACAUCGAGAUUCCUCCCAAUUUUCCACCCACGUUCAAUUUUGCCAGCUACAUCAAUAAAUCCCAUAGCCUGCAGCAGCUUGUAAAGCUCGGUGUGGAUCUGUAUAGCAUUGAAAGGCGAAAGGGGCUGCCACAGUAUGUCUUAAGAUUGGAUUUUGAACGAGAUAUGAAGCCGGUCAUUCAGUUCCUACACGAUCAGGGACUCCCGCCAGACCGCCUGGGGUAUUUCAUCACAAAGAACCCACUGAUAUUCAAGGAGCACUGCGAUGAUAUGCUCGUGAGGGUGAACUAUUUGGAAUCCAAGAGAUUUACCAGGGAGCAGAUUGUGAGGAUUUUGGAUAAGAAUCCCUUUUGGUUGAUGUUUUCCACGCAGAGAAUCGAUCGACGAUUGGGAUUCUUCCAGAAGACUUUCUCACUUUCCGGUAGUGAAGUAAGACAUGUCACCUGUGCAGCCCCAAAGUUGAUUACCUACGCCAUGGAGCACGUGAGAAAGAGCACAUUUUCAAUACGGGAAGAAAUGGGCUUUGAGGCGAUGGAAAUGAAGACACUCCUGCUGAAAUUACCCAAAAUUUGGAUGAUGAAUCACGACAGCUUGAUGGGGCGCUUUCAGUACGUUCACAAGGAUAUGGAAAUCUCACAUGAGCAACUCUGUCAGGAUCCACAUAUUCUCCUUUCGAGGGAACAUCGCAUUAGGCAACGACAUGAAUUCCUGAAAUUCAUCGGAAAGGCUCAGUAUGAUCCCAAAAAGGAUCUCUACGUGUCCCUGAAGAAUUUAGUCGUGGGAACAGAUGAGGAGUUUGUCUUCAAUAUUGCAAAAUCUUCUAUGCCUACCUACAAUGCUUUCCUGAGGACACUGUAGCCGGCCGUAAAUGUAGAAAUAUAUGCAAAAAAAAACAUAUUAUGCUGAAGAAUUUAUUUAUGUUGCAAGCUAUUGCAUAAACAUUGAGAAAGAUAUAUUUUUUUCAAAA